AUGGCUUCAGACUCCUUGGCUGAAGCAACGGUCUCUUUGAAUGAAGCAACUGUGUGGCAUGCUCGCCCCCUUGAUUUUGUAAUAAUUUUCAUUGUAUCUAAUGUUGCUAGUGUUCCCUUGCCAAAGGUUUGGGUCCGAUCCAGCUGGGGUCGACCUAGACCCAAAUCCGAGCUAGAUCCGAUUCGAAUUCAAGGCUAUGGGCAUGGAUCCUUUGAGCCAAUCCGAAACUUGGACCUUGAUUCAGACUCAGAUCGGGGCGACUGCCCAGGCCGUCAGGUCGGCCCUAACCGAUUGCCACCCCUAGAGAAAACUCAUAUUGUAGAUGUUGUGGUAUUGGCAAAUGCCAAUGAGAAUUUCAUGACCAACGGUGACCUAGAAGCAAUUGUGGAUUGGAUACCCGGCAUGCCCGAUAUCCGUCUAAGGGACUUACCCUCCUUCAUCAGGACAACCAAUCUUAAUGAUCCCAUGUUACAGGUUUGUACAAUCGAAAGCCCUAAUACUCUCAAGUCUUGGGCUAUCAUUCUCAACACAUUCGAAGAUUUAGAUAAACCUGUUCUUGAUGCCAUGAGAGAAAGAAUCGGUCGCCCAAUCUACACAAUUGGCCCGGUUGUAAGCUUUAGCCAAUUUGAAUCCAAUGACCGUUUAAAGUCGGUUUCAAUGAGUCUUUGGAAUGAGGAGGAUACUUGUGUAGGAUGGCUCAAUGACAAGGAACCUAAGUCAGUUGUGUAUGUGAAUUUUGGCAGUGCGACAGUUGCAACACCCAUUCAACUCAACGAAUUCGCUUGGGGUCUUGCAAAUAGCCAAAGGCCUUUCAUAUGGGUCAUUCGUGAAGAUCUCGUAUUCGGCAAAUCGGCAACGUUAGAAAAAACAUUUGUCGAAGAAACCAAAGAAAGAAGGCUAAUCCUGAGUUGGUGUAACCAGAUUAAAGUACUGUCACACCCUGCAGUUGGGUGCUUCCUAACUCACAGUGGAUGGAAUUCGACAAUUGAGAGCAUUAGCAAUGGUGUGCCGAUGUUAUGUUGGCCCUUCUUUGCUGAUCAUCCAACAAUUUGCAGGUACGUUUGCAAGGAAUGGGGCAUUGGGAUGGAAAUAAACAAUGAUGUUAAGAGGGAGGAGGUGGAAGCAUUGGUGAGGGAGUUGAUGGAAGGAGAGAAGGGUAAAGAGAUGCAGUUAAAGGCCAAGAAAUGGAAAGAGAUCUCAAAAACUGUUGUUCAAUUAGGAGGCAGCUCUUACAAUAACUUAGAGAGGCUUAUAAAGCAAGUGCUUCCAGAGAAACGCUGA